ACCAGACAUAACGUAGUCGCACGAGAAGCGUUUCUGUUUGUCUUCAAACAUCGUACAAAAUGGCGAAUCAGUUCGCUAUUUUUGCAGUAGCCUUGAUUAUCGGUGGUCUUUUCACAGCAAGAGAUGUGCUGUUAAGCUUUAAGGGCACCAGCAGUGAGGAAGAAGAUACAGGAAUGCCCAAACCUGAUAUUUCGGCUGGGCCGUAUGUAAAAUUUCUUAUAUGCAUUGGAUGAGGGUACAACCGCGUAUUUGAGGAAUACGCUACUGCUAUUAGGCAGCGAUAUCCUCAAAUCGCAAUAUACGGUUCUAAUUACCCUCCACCCAGAGUGAAUUCAAUGAUUGCAUCAGUUAUGAAUUUUGCAAAAUGGAUAACCUUGGCUACAAUUGUUUUUGGUGAGAAAGCCAGUUUAUGGCAAACUUUGAAUGUACCUCCUCCAUCAGCAUACACAUGGUCACAAGAAAACAAGAUUGUAUCCUGUUUGUCUGUUUUCUUUUUGUCAAAUACCAUCGAAGGUGCAUUACUUCAGACUGGUGCUUUUGAAAUCGAACUUAAUGGCACCAAAGUAUGGUCUAAAUUAAAAACUGGACGUAUACCACAAGGGGAGGAGCUCUUUCAGAUCAUUCAAAACCGAAUAAAUCCAUCAGGCGCUUCUUCACCACAAUUCUCACCUCCAUCACAAUCCUCCACUUUUGGUGAUUUUCACGAUAAAGAGAAAUACAAUACUAAGAAGGCAAACGCGAGGAAUGAUUUUGAUGAAUUUGACACUGAAGAGCAUGUAGAACUAUAGUUUUAAAUAUCAACGGAGGAGAGUAUAAUAAAUGACAAUUGUUUGCACGCAACUAGCAUUUUCAUUUCGGAACGUUCUAAUUGGUUAGUAUCGUGUGACGAGAUUUAUGGAAAAUAUUGAUACCGAUAUUCAUAUAUCUCUGAUAUUUUUUUAUUGAUACAAACUUUUUUAACGUUUUGAAACAACUGUGUACAUUUUUUUAAUGUAAUUAGAAUUUAAAAAAAAUCAAAAUCAACAAGUUA